ACCGGGGCUGCCCUAGCCAGCCGAGGCGGCGGCGAUGGCGUCGUCGGUGCUGGAGGCCACGCGGGCGGCGCACGAGGACCUGGAGCGGCUCGAGCGCCUGGCGGUGCGCGAGCUGCAGCGCGACCCCGCCAACGCGCGCGACCGCCUCUUCCAGUCCCACCGCGUCCGCAACAUCAUCGACCUCCUCGUCACCACCUCCGACAGGCUCGUGGAAAUCUACGAAGACAAGGACGGUGCUAGGAAGGAAGAGAUCUCCAACCAUUUGACUGCUCCAGCACAAGACGACAUCUUCCACAAGUUCUUUGACAGGCUCAAAGAUAUCCGUGAAUCCCAUAGGCGGAAUCACUCCGCUCGUUUUGUCAGUGAUGCUGACGAUCAUGAAGAGCUACUAAAGGAGGAACCAGCUAUUGAAUUCUCUGGCGAGGAAGCAUUUGGUCGGUACCUGGACUUGCAUGAGCUCUACAACGAGUUCAUAAAUUCCAAGUUUGGAUCGCUCAUGGAAUACUCGGCAUAUGUUGGCACUUUUUCUCAGACGGAGAAGAUCACACAUAGUCUAAAAGCUACCAGGCAAUACAAAGAAUAUUUGGAGCAUAUUUUGGAAUAUCUGACAUAUUUUCUGCGUCGCACAGAGCCAUUGCAAGAUCUUCAGAAGAUAUUUACAAAGUUGGAAAGUGAUUUUGAAGAACAGUGGGCCAAUGGAGAAGUACCUGGCUGGGAAAAUAGGGGCACAGAAAAAGAAUCUGUGCUGCAAGAGUCUGAAGUAGACCUUGAUUACUAUAACUCUGUUGAAGAACUUGUAGAGCUUGGUCCGGAAAAGUUGAAAGAGGCUUUAGCUGCUCGUGGAUUGAAAGGCGGUGGCACUGUUCAACAGCGUGCAGAGCGACUCUUCUUGCUGAAGCAUACACCAUUGGAACAAUUGGACCGUAAGCAUUUUGUAAAAGGUUCACGUAGUUCUGUCUCAAAUGUGCCUUCUAAUGGCAACAAUUCCAAGGAUGAUUUGAAGAAGGAAAUUGCCUUGAUCGAAGUAAAGAUGAGGCGCCUGUGUGAGAUUCUUGAUGAGAUCAUUGUAAGAACAAAGGAAAAUGCCGAGAAGAAACUGACUUUGACCUAUGAAGAAAUGGAAGCAGAACGAGAAGAGGAAGAAGUACAAGCUGAUAGUGAAAGUGAUGACGAAGACCAACAAAUCUACAACCCUCUCAAGUUACCAAUGGGCUGGGAUGGAAAACCUAUCCCCUAUUGGCUCUAUAAGCUUCACGGUCUUGGUCAGGAAUUCAAGUGCGAGAUAUGUGGCAACCACAGUUACUGGGGGAGAAGGGCUUAUGAGCGCCAUUUCAAGGAGUGGCGCCACCAGCAUGGGAUGCGAUGCCUUGGUAUUCCUAAUACCAAGAACUUCAAUGAAAUCACAUCCAUCGAGGAGGCCAAGGCACUCUGGGAGAGAAUACAAUCAAAGCAAGGGCUGAACAAGUGGCGGCCAGACUUGGAAGAAGAGUACGAGGAUACAGAUGGCAAUAUCUACAAUAAGAAGACUUACACUGACCUGCAGCGGCAAGGCCUGAUAUAGAAUUGUAGCUGUGAUCCUAGUUCACUGCCGCGUGCUAAAAUGGCUGGUCUACUGUUCCAUGGAAAUCUGUUGACUUGCCCUGCUGUCGUAACCUUGUAUUGACACAUUAUUUCUAGCAACAUGGUACUUCGGAGAUGACUGUUUUCUUCCUGUUACAUUGCCAAAUGUGCUCUAGCCGCCACUUUGCUCGGCUUGCUUUGCGUUUUCUCUGCGUGACAGAUAAUUGUGUGAUGUGGAUGGA